CAGAGAGGGAGGGGUUUCCUGACAGGAAAUUGACCUCCUCUAACCCCCCCCCCCCCAGUUCCAAGCUCUAAGCAGUUCUGACUGAAGUGUCCUCAGGGCAGGACAGUAGCCGCAGGGACAGAAGGACGGAGGCACUGACUACGUAGGAGGUCCCCGCCUGUCAAAAUGCCCAUCCUGAAGAAUCUAGGGGUGGCAGAUUCCAAGGUGCCCAGGGCGGGGACCCUGCCCCUGAGGUCCUCUCGGAACCCCUUUGAGGAAGUUCCAGGAUUGGAAGAAGAGGAGGUUGGGGAGCUGGGGACCCUGCCCAACGGAACAUCUUGUCGCCGCCGGGCCACCCUGGAGAAGCUGGCUGGCCUGGCCCCCUUCCGGUUGGCCUGGCCCCCUGGCCGGCGGGCAGGCAGCCCAGGAGAUGGGCAGCCCCGCUCUUUCCUGGGCCGCGUGCUGACACCGGGGAUUCGCAGGAGCUCGGCAGAUUUUGGCCUCCUGGCCAGGCUUCAGGGGACCCGAGCCCAGGGCGACGAGGAGGCGGCUGGGGAGGCUGCCCGGAGACUGGCCUUCCUGAGACUAGGACGCGGGCCCAAGCCCCGCCGGGCGUCACUGGCCGAGAGGGUGGUGCCCGCAGGUGAGGCGGCUCCUGAGCCCCCACCCAAGGUCCCCGAGCCCCCAAAGGUGAAGGAGCCUCUGUCAGUGCUGGAGAUCCUGAGCCUGAUCCAGCAGCGCGAGCUCGCGCGAGCCGACGAGCACAUCUUGGAGCUGGAGGCCGAGGAGCUGGCGUCGUCGGGGGGCGGCGCGCCCGGGCCGCCCGGGGCCGAGGGCGCGGGCGGGGGCCGCCGGGCGCGGGACGUGGCGCUGCUCUACGAGGCCCUGCAGCGCGAGCUGUGGGCGCUGGUGCGCGAGACGCUGGCGGGCGCCGGGCCGGGCGCCGUGGCGCAGCUGGGCCGGGUGCUGCUGCAGGAGGAGGCGGCCGACGGGCGCCGGGGCCCGGGGGCCGCCCGCAAGCUGCGCGCCCGCUGGGCCGAGGCGGUGGGGCGCGCGGCGCGGGAGCGCCUGGAGGCGGCGGCGCCCGGGGCGCCCGGGGGCCUGGCCGGGCAGCUGGAGGCGCUGCGGGCGCGGCUGCUGGAGGACCUGGGCGGGGUGCGGGGCCGCCUGGCGCCCGCCUACCCCGCGGGCCUGGGCGCCUUCGGCGUCUACCUGCGCGGCUACCACGGCGCGCUGGCCGAGUGGCUCGGGGCCGCCGCCCGCCGGAGGCUGCCGCUGGCCGACCGCUACGCGCUCCUGCAUUGGCACAACGAGGUGUACCCCAGAGAGAUCCUAGGGCUGGUGGACCUGGUAGCCCUGGAGAAUGGGGAGCUGGGGCCCCUUCUGUCUCCCGGCACCCUGCGGGGCUUGGAGGAUGAAUGUGUCACAGAUGUUAAGGCUCAGACACGCGCAGCCCUGCUUCGGGUGCUGCAGGAGAAUGAGGAGCACUGGGGGAGCACGGAGGACCGGCCCAGCAGCCUGGCGCAGGAUGUGUGUGAGCUGCUGGAAGAACAUACAGAACGAGCACCCCGCAUCAGCCAGGAGUUUGGGGAGCGGAUGGCCCACUGCUGCCUGGCGGGGCUAGCAGAAUUCCUUCAGAGCUUCCAGCAGCGGGUGGAGCGAUUCCAUGAGCAUCCAGGAGUGCGGGAGCUUCUACCUGACAUCUACGUCAGCAGGACCAUCUCCCUGGUCAAUUGUGGGCCCCCGCUGAGGGCUCUGGCAGAGCGCCUUGCCCGGGUGGGGCCCCCCGAAAGUGAGCCAGCCCGAGAAGCAGCUGCCAGCGCUCUGGACCGCGUGACCCGGCUCUGCCACCGAGUCCUGGCUGACCUGCUGUUUCAGGAGCUGCAGCCCCACUUCAACAAGCUGAUGCGCAGGAAGUGGUUGAACAGCCCGGAGGCCCUGGAUGGCAUCGUGGGCACGCUGGGCGCUCAGGCCCUGGCCCUGCGCAGGAUGCAGGAUGAGCCCUACCAGGCGCUGGUGGCCGAGCUGCACCGGCGGGCGCUGGUGGAGUACGUGCGGCCCCUGCUCCGAGGACGCCUGCGCUGCCGCUCGGCUCGGACCCGCAGCCGCGUGGCCGGGAGGCUCCGGGAGGACUCGGCGCAGCUGCAGCGCCUGUUCCGGCGGCUGGAGUCCCAGGCCUCGUGGCUGGAUGCCGUGGUGCCUCAUUUGGCCGAAGUCCUGCAGCUGGAAGACACGCCCAGCAUCCAGGUGGAGGUGGGGGUGCUGGUGCGGGACUACCCCGACAUCAGGAUUGUUGGGGGGAAUUCUCCAUCAUCGGUCAACAUCAGCAUUACCCUCGUCAUCCGCGGGGACAGCAGGACCAAGACCAAUUCUUGUUUAUUGAGUCCUUAUGUCAGACCUAAGAAAGCGUGGUAUCAGCCCACUCUAUAAGCGGAAGCACGUGGCAGCCCUCCUCGACAUCCGCGGCCUGCACAACGCAGCCGCCCGCCAGGAGAUCCUGGCCGUGGCCCGGGACCUGGAACUGUCUGAGGGGGGAGCCCUGUCACCCCCUCGGGACCGUGCCUUCUUCUCAGACAUCUCCGUGCCCCGCCCACCUUUCUGCCUCGGCCUCCCUCUCUUCCUGGGCCGCCUUCCCCUCUCCCGGCUGGCCAGGCCUGGUUUGGCCUGUCUGCCCCGGCUUCGGCCUCUGUCUCCAUCACGGCCCCCUACCCAACGCUGAGACUCUCCCAGCCCGCCACCUCAGUGCCCCCCAUCUUUGCUGCUGACAAACCAUCCUCCUGUACGGGCUCGCUCUUGACUCCCUGCCUGGGACCACAGACCUCCCCACCCUGGGGGGCAUGGAAAGAUCCUCAGAGGUCUUCUCGGCCAUCCCUAUACCCCCCAAACAGAAGAGAAACAGGCCGGAGGGAGCAAGGACUUUCCCAAGGCCAUGAAGCUCAUUCCCAGCACCAGCUCCCGGCCCAGUGUGCAGUGGAGGGCAUUUUGGAAGGCUCUACAGAAGUAUCCCAGGCCCCCCCUUUCCCCUCACCUCAAGGUCUGGCCCCAGUCCAAUGUAUUAAGGAAUGUACGAUACUUAGAAUAAAGAGGUUUCUAUUUAACACAAGGAAGGGCUGAGUCCCCAGUGUGUGGGGGAGGAAGGACCGGGGGCAGGGCCCAGGGCCAAGGGCUUCUCACACACCCGAGGCUGGGCUGGGGUCCAACUCCUGGGCAGGGCAGUGGAGGCUGAGAGAGGCCCCCCAGGCCAGAAGCAGGCAAGGUCGUCCCAUUUACCCCGAGGCCCCAGGCUGCGGGACUCCGGGGCAGGCCCUCGGCCCCUCUUGGCCAGGGGCCCUCGUUUCGUCAAUCCCAAAGUGCCUCUCCUUCGUUUCUGGGCCUGGUGGUUCCACCUUGGCACACCCCACCCCCCUCCAUCCAUCCUUAACCGGGAAGCCGUGUCGAGAGGAAGGAGGUUGGGGGCAGGGCUGGCGGCAUCCAGGGUGCCCUCCUGGGUUGAUGCAGGAAAAUCUCAGGGUGGGAAAAAUUCCAGCCUGAUCCUGAUCCCCAUGGAGACCUUGAGGUCACCUCUCCGCUGACCCCUGCCUCUCCGGCCUGGUUGGACAGCCCAUGAUGGAUGCUUCCUGGUGUGUGUGUGUGUGUGUGUGUGUGUGUUUUCCCUGAGAAGUGGGAAGGAGGAGGCAGCCAGGGGUCAGCUUUGGGGCUGGGGUUGGAACCUCACCCACAUGUGAACUCAGGAAGGUGGGGACUCGGGACUCUUGGAGGCUCUGGACUGUGUGACCUUGGGCAGGAAGCUGCCCCUCUCUGGGGAACCGCUUAACCUCUCUUUCCCUGGGCCCAGGUGAGCCAUCCAGAGGACGUACCCCCCUGGCUUCUACUCCUAAGAGGACACUUUCAAUGUUACUGAUGUACAACAGAGGAGUUGAGGAAUGAACGACGGGUCGCAAUUUGUAGGCAUUUCACGAAGGACCUGUGAACCUCAGUGUAGCAUUAUUCUUUCCAGAUUUGGGUCCCCUAUUUAAAAACAGCUUUAUGGAAAUGGGAUUUGCAUGCCAGACAAUUCAUCCCUUUGAAGAUUCGAUUCAGUCACCCUUGGUAUAUUCGCCGAUUUGCGCAACCAUCACCACACUCACUGUUAGAACAUUGUCAUCAUCCCCCAACAGAAACCCUGUACCCCUUCGCUGUCUAUACCCCUCAGGCCCUGGCGACCACUGGUCUACUUUUUGUCUUUAUAGAUUUGCCUAUUUUGGACAUUUCAUAUAAAUGGGAUCAUAGAGUGUGUGUGCGUGUGUGUUAAGAACACUUAACAUGAGAGGGUCACCUGGAUGGCUCAGUCAGUUAAGCAUCCAACUCUUGGUUUCGGCUCAGGCUGUGAUCUUAGGGUCCUGAGAU